ACCGUUUUUCAUUACCCAAAUAUCUUACCCACGUUUUCAGGAAAACAGAGAUAUUAUCUCCAGAAGCUCCGCCGGAAGGAAAAUGGCGACCUUCUUCGGCUCCCCGCCAUUUCUGUCCCACCCCAUCACCCGAACUAUCCACUUCUCCUCACAACGGUCCCCGCCUCCUCCCCCUCCUCCGCCUUCACAGCCGCCGACUCCGCCAUCCCAGCCACAAACUAGCGCGGCUGUCCCAGCGGAGCAGCAGCAGCCCAAUUCCUUCCCUCUUAAGUCACAGAGCCAGAGACCCAUCAAGCAGGCCACCAAGGUCGAGUCCACGGACUGGGUUGCGACGUCCCUAACCCGGCGGUUCGGGGUCGGCGCCGGCCUCGCUUGGGCUGCGUUCUUGGCCUUCGGGGUCGUAUCCGAGCAGAUCAAGACCCGUCUUGAAGUGUCCCAGCAAGAAGCCAACACAAGGAACGUGGAGGAGGAGAAGGAAGUGGUCUUGCCUAACGGAAUAAGGUACUAUGACUUGAGAGUCGGGGGCGGAGCCUCUCCUAGACCCGGAGACUUAGUCGUGAUCGAUCUCAAGGGAACAGUGGAGGGGACUGGACAAGUUUUCGUGGACACGUUUGAAGUCGACAAGAAGCCUCUAGCCUUAGUGAUGGAGUCAAGGCCCUACACUAGAGGAGUCUGUGAAGGGAUCGAGUACGUGCUGAGAUCCAUGAAGGCGGGAGGUAAAAGAAGAGUGAUAGUUCCUCCGAGCUUAGGGUUCGGAGAGGAGGGAGUGGAUUUAGGAAACGGGGUGCAGAUUCCCCCAUUGGCGACCUUAGAAUACGUUGUUCAGGUCGACAAAGUCUCCAUUGCUCCCGCUUGAUUUCUUCUGUACAUGCGAGGAAAUUGCAGUUGCCAGAACAAACAUUUCUCGGUAUAUGUCCGGUAAUCUUCUUCUUCCUGUACUACAGCAUGCUAUUACCUUACUGAUGGAAUAAAUCUUAUUCUUGGAUAAGUAGCAA